UACACAACUCAAGAAGGAGGUCUCCCAGUACACAACUCACGAAGGUUUCAGUACCCCCGGUUAAGUAGGUAGGCCCUGGUGACAUCGGCAGCGUAGUCGCAUUUCAUAGAUAGCACAGGAACUGCAACAUGACGCAGCUGCUUUCUUGAUUGCAAUCGGAGGGUGAAGUGGACGUGAUGGGACACUCCUCUGGCCACUUUUGGAAGGGGAGUACGACUGCGGGUUCGGUCGUUCAUAUAGAAGCCGAAGAUGACAAUAAAUUCGCAUCACAUCUUCACAGACGCAUGAUUCAUCCCGCAAACACCGGUUGGCCUUCCUGGAGGUAGUCCAUGUACUAAAAGAGUAAUUGUUCAUCACAUCUAUUAUCAUCGUUUGUCAGACGGCUCAGACAAGUCUGAUCAAGAUGGAUCUCUUUGUGAACAAAAUGCUUGCCGAUUUUCGGCAAGUGAAGCAGAAAAUGGUGGAUAAACCGCUGGAGGACCUGAAGAAAACGGAGGAGAACAUGAAGCAGAAGAUUCUCGAGGCUCUGUUUGAAGACUCGCCGUCGCGCACGAGCAGCAGCAGCAGCAGCUCGAGACAAGGAAGGGAAGGUGGCACUGCUGGUGGGCAGCACUACUACAAUGCCUCCGUCGGAGGUACAAGCCACGAGCAGGACCGGGGUGCCAGCCGCUUCCCCGGGCCGCACUUGAGAGGACCGGGCACCACGCAGGGCGAAAGCCACAUGAAGCACGAUGCGUCCUCCUUACCGCCCGGCUUCGCUUCCGAAGAUUCCUCCGACAAUGAACGGAGUAGUUUUGCGGCGCUUUCUAGGCUCGGCCCGGAGGGGGCCAAGGCCAAUCUGCUGAAGAAUCGCUUUGGGGUACUCCGGGUGAAGUUAAAGGACGGCGCUACGGUGCAGGGGCUGCAGUUUUCCGAGCUUGUCAGCGACGUCAGCCUGUUAUCAAUUGCAAAUGUGUCUGGUGGGUCUGGAAGAAUGCGCGCGUUUGCCAUGCAUCCUGUGGACCACGACGCAGAUGGUCUGCAAUGUUGCAAUGUUGCGCGCAGAUGAAGCAUACCUACAUAGUGGCAACUUUUUUGGCGCUGUUCCUGCUGCGGCACAGAUACAAUUUCAUUUCUGUGACCGAGACUCAGUAUGACAAGUUGCAGCUUCACUCCAGAUCUAGACUCAUCAAUGUUCGGCAGUGCAUACCUAUGGCACGAGGAGACGGAGCUGGUGUCGGUCCGCAUCCAUGGGGGCCACGAAGCGAGUAACAGCACGAAGCCGGUCCGGCAAGCGGAUCCGGACUUGGAAGCGUGGCUCCUCCUGCCCCAGAACCUCAAUCUUUUCACGACGGACAUUGUGUUUAAGCUCUACGAUGGUGUGUGUAAGCGGUGGCGCGCUGGCUUCGAGGAAGCCGCCGUUAUCGGUUACUGUGUCAUUCCGCUUUCCGAGCUCUUCUCCGACUAUGAACUCUUGGAUACGACGAGUACUAGCAGCUCUACUUCAAGUAGUGCCACCAGCUCCGGCGCUGCGGAUCGCGAACUGGCUUCCGAGGACCAGAACGAGGAAAUAAAGCGGGACGGUUCGGAAGGUUUGGUUCAGCACCGCCAGCACUUCCCGCCCGUCGAGUCAGAUAUGUUUUCAGGUGAGAAGGAGCCGGCUUCGUCUGUAGUAGAGAAGGCGAAACCCAAGUUGGUUUCCUCGUCGGGAGCUGCUUCUGCCCGCGUCAAGAUGGAUGCGCGAGGGAAUGCCCUGCCCCCGCUGCGUUGGCGCGACUUUCUGACCGGACUGGAACCCCCGCAGGAGCUGAUAGAAAGAAGCGCCGCCCGCCCCGUGAGCACAGGAGUAGAGGCUGUUGUUGCAGCUUCUUCGGCGCGCAAGGGGUUUCAUUUCUUUCUCGACGACGAGGUGGAGUUCCCGGAAAGACAAAGUACAACAGGCAGCCCUGGGCGGGCCGUCUCAGGAGCAGACCAGAGCCUCACCUCGCUUGUUCCUACUGCCGCAGUAGAACGACCGACGUCGGUUGCUGCGGAAACUACUAUACGAAAAAUAUUAAAGUGGUUGUGCUCCCCCGCAUUCUUGGAGAAGUUCGGAAGGCAGUUGCGUCUUUUCCGCCGAGUGCUAUUGUACUGCAAGCUGUGGGCGUGGUACUUUUUCUGCGUCUACUGCUAUGCGCGGGGUUGCUACUAUGCGCGAAAGCUGUACUCCUUCCGAGAGAGCGUCGUGUAUCAGAAGACGCGGCACAUCGUGCAGCAUACUUUUUUUCGGCGGGAUUUCUUUGUGGAGGACAAAAUCUUCCGCAUCCUGCCGGCGUCCCUGCUGAAAAUCGAGGACGCGCGGUUUCCCUCGAAGCUCGUACCGGUGCGGGAGCAGGAUCUCAGCCGGGACGCACGCAAAAAGCUGCGGGCCGUCGUCUCGUCGCGCGCGGAAAGGGAAAUGCCCCAGGGUUCUCGAAGGGGUGGGCCUCCAGGGGCGCCGGCGAUAGGUCCGGGGAACGAGGGUGGCACGACCAUAGAUGGACGCAGUGGGAGGAGAAGUCCCAGAGUGAUGACUGGACGUCGCGCUGCAAAAAUGGAUGAUCCGCCGGAAGGAGAGGUCGAGCAACGAUCCGCAACAGGAGCAGUUGUGCAGCCAGCAGACUACGAAUCAUCCUCCGGAGGGAACAAGAUGAACGCGCCGCGAAUGAAGCCUGCCAACUUUUUGGAAACCCUGUUUGGUAGGUCCGCUGCGAAACCCGCGGCCGAACCUGCGGUGACAACGGUGCUUGGCCACCUCGUAGUGGAUUUCACGGUGUCGCUGCGGUGCAGCCCCCUGCAGAUAGCGACGACCGGAAAGAUGUACAUGCAGCAGGGAAGCGACGUCCUAGACGCCGUGGAAGCCGUAGCGGAGUUGGUGGCUCCGAAGCUGCUGCACAAGAACUCCUCAACAAAGGCGAGCGAUGCGCCCGCUCUUAUUUCGCCUGAAGCGGUCUUCACUGCCGGUGCCGAAGUUCAUCCGGACGGUGGAACAAAAAUGCGGGGAUUUUUUCCAUCCGGAACAAGCGCAAACAACGACGACUCGUUAAUGGCGCAGCCGGUAUUAACUACGGACCCGGCUGCUCGUGAGGCGCAGGAGCGCGACCACUUGGCAAACUUGGGCGGCCGCGAGGGCGUAAAUGACAAAGAGGCUGACGAUAAGAACAAGUUUCUGGUGGAAGUAGAUGUGGAAAGCGAAGAGAGCAGAGCACUAUUGUCGAGCUCGAAAGUAGGCGGGUCGAAGAUUGAAAGUGCGUCGUUGUCCUCGGCCGUUGUGCCCAAAGGAGAGCCGAUCAAGAAGAAUUAUGCAGGAGAACAGCGUGAUGAGGAUCAGAAAAGAAGACAGAACAGCACUUCUGCCCGGGAAGUAGAUCAUGGCAAGAAAGCAAGUUGUGAAGAUGUUGACGAGGAUAGUAUACAGGAGGAGCUGCACCACUCGGAGCGGCUGCUCGACUUGCAGUCUACGAAGGCACUGUACGAGCACGCACAUUUCCACACCGUCGGAGAAAACCUACAGGAUCUGGCAAGCAAGCCGUCGGCCUUGCAGCUGAGCCGCGAGAUCUCCAACACCGCCUUAGACCAGUUUCGGGAUCAAGUUUGGCCGGAUAGCGUGGGUUCCAAGUCCAGCCUGGCUGGCUACGAGCUCGAGGAGGUGGACGAGGAUAGUAACAUCAGUGCUCCCCUACCAGGACAACAAGAAUUGCCCGGCCCUCUUUCGCCUAGAAGUACAACGCCGGAUGGUGUUGAGGACGGGCCGCGGAAGAUAUUAAACAAAAAUCUCCUGGAGAAUUUGAAGCUUACAACCAAUGAGUUUUUCAAGGGCGCCGGCGAGAUGCUGAAGCAAAAACUCGCGCAGAACGCAGGCAGUCAGAGGCUAGUUGCACAAGAAGAAGUGGCCACGGAGGAGGUGGGAGAAGGUAGUGAAGAAGCGCCAAAUUACCCGCAGCCGGAUGGGGAGGACAGGUGGACAGAUGACAAGACUCCAGCAGAGGACGCAAAAAAGAAGAAACAGUUCAAACUGCGCACCACUGUCGAUCAGGAGCGAGAGAUGAACCAGGGAGCGGUGCGUGAUCGAACGCCGUCCGCCCACGGGUUGGCAACGUUACGAUUUCCGAGCACGCAGGUUGUGAUCGCACAGAGUUCAUCGUCGAAUCUGCAACACAGCCUCGACGAGAGCCAUUCCUUCCUUGGUUUGCGCGCAGUGGAGUCUGUCGAGCGGCAGUUUUCUACUAGCGGCAGCCACACGACGGAAGAUUUGGUAACACGCCGAGAACACGACGUGCGGCGGGAAAGCCUGCAGGUGCUCCAGCGGUCGCAGUCCCGAGAAGACGAUAUUGCGGCGCUGCGACUGCCGGCAGGGACGAGCACGACCUUUCGCGACUGCCGGCAGAUGAGCCAGCCCUUCGGGACGAACAAGGGUGGAGCGAGUUCUUUGGUGGCCGGGGAGGAAGAGUUUCUGUAUCCUGCAGGAAACAACUACAUCUUCAGUGGCCACUCAUUAAGCAAGACGUCGGAGUUGCUGGAAAGCAGCCGAGGACCCUCGCCGAAGCAGGGUGCCAGAACAGACGACGAAACUGGGCCGCGACAGGAGGCGGUGCAAGCACAAGCAGCGUCAGCCUGUCAGCCAAGCCGUCGAGGACUUUUGCACGGAGUGGACACGACCCGGCUGGGUGGGGUUUUCGCCGAUCCAGACGGGGACACCGUGGGCGAAGUAGACGGAGCAAGGAACCGCGUGCUGUGUCGCCGAGGCGAGGAGGCAACUUUCCGCAUUCACCAGGAUUUGCUCCUCAAUUUGUUGAAGGUUGCCAGCAACGAGCGUUCUACGCAAUCGCAAAGGAACCAAUUUAUCACCUCCAGCAACUACGUCGGAAGUACGGAAACCACAUCCGGUUGUGCCGGAAGAGCUGAAGUCGUCCACAAUGAGCACUCGAAUUCUUUUUUCGACGGCUUGAGACGACGAAUAAAAAAUUCGUCGACGAGAGAAGGAAAGAAAAAAGAAAAUGAAGCAGCGGCAAAAUCGAGGAGCGAAACAGCCGGAACCAGCAACAGGAAGAACGCAACGGCAAAAGCAAUUUCGACUGAACAAAAAACUAGUUUCGGCUCGGAAGAUCCGACCGGUGGAGCAAGCCAAUCCCAGGCCGUGGAGGAAACUAGUAGUCUUGUGACCAGCGCCCUGGACCAGCACUUGCCAGCGCUAGUGCGGAGUUUGUUCCCGCCAGCAAAAAUCGCAUCGGCGACAGAGCAGCAGCAGCUUUUCUUCCAAUCACCACUCGAGCAGCCUGUCGUGAUGAGCCCCACGGUGGAGGUUGCUGUGGGACCAAAAGGAAAAGGACCACGCACGUCGCCCCGCACUGCAGGCACAACGACGUUGAAGCACGUGCCUUCCAUCACCGGGGACGAGCAGCGCCUCCUGGCUUUUGGGGAUCACCUGCAGAAAUUGAGGUUCGAAUAUCGAGUAUUUCUACCACAGUGGACGGCGUUUUUGAAGCUCCACGAGGCUGCGACGGGUGCUGCUGGUGCUAGUGCUGGAACGACGCAGCAUUCGCGGGAAAAACCGCCACGGCAGAAGAACGUGCUCGAUAGGCAGAAGUACGAUAUUGAAGCUUCGGGCAAACGCAUCGUGGUGGGCUUCGAGCGCAUCGGCCAAGUGGUCGCGGAUUGGCCGAGCCUGCCGCAGAGCAGUUUUGGGAACCUUGUGGGGGCCUACGUCACCUUUGCGUUCCCGAGUUGGUCUUUUCCGCUUGUCUUCCUCGCCGCCUGCCUGCGCGAGGGCUACAAAAACGGCCGGCAGCAGCGGGCGAAGGUUUAUCUGCACGAGCAGGAGCUAGUGGCCAGAGUUGUAGCGGAUUUGGAGAUAUCGAAUGCAAGUAUAAUAUGUCUGGGUCCUGCUCCUGCUCUGGAUGGAAGCAUGCAAACUUGCGAUGCAGAUCCUGGAGUACGCAAACCAAAGACUUGUGUUGCAUGGUUGACCGCCAAAAGGUUUCUAUUUUCUGCUGUACAGGUAGGGCGUUUCUUGUGGGGGACAGGCAUCAUUCAAGAGGGCUGUUCAAAAUCUGAUCCAGUUUGGAAUGACAAAAACGCGCAAUCUACGCUCAGAACACCAGACAGAUUUAUUUUCAGCUGAUAGGAGCAGGAACAGCAGGAGCUGGAACUGCAAGAAUAUUCGGCCGAUGGCGACAUCGAGUCCAGCGCGGCGGGAGCAGGCUGCAUCGGUCGUGAGAGACAGCAGCGCACGAAGGUGAGGCGGCGCCCCGGCAGUUUGAACAAAGCGGGCCCACCUAAAGCCGCCACCUCCAAAGUGCAGCAACUGGCAGCGGCCGACGAAGAAACGUCAAGCAUCUUCGUGAAAAUGCGGGAAAUUGUGUUUGGCUUGCACAAGUUUUCGCAAAACGUAGAGAACAUUGCUUCGUUCAUGGAAAAAACUCGAUACUGGAUGUUUUUCGACGACAAACUCAUCUCCCUGAUCCUUUUCUCCGGGCUGAGCUGUGGCAUGAUUUUUCUCGCUGUGGUGCUCUACUGCAAUCAGUUUGAGCACCUGCUUCGGCUGGGGUUCGGCUUCAUUUUUGUAAAGCGAGCGUAUUUCGAUGACGAAAUGCCACCAAUUUUCUAUUUUAUCCCUGAUAACAAGGAGCAGGAGCAUCGGAGGCUCUACCGCAAGUACUGUUGACAGGACUUGCCGCUUUCAACGAAGACUCAAUUUUUUUUAGCUCCUAUCCUUAUUAUGAACCGUUCCUGUCCACCGGGAACAAUUACAAUUCCCACAAAACAGAAGCAAAAAUCUACCUGUAUUGGAAUCGAUUUUCCCACCCACAU